AUGAACGCAGUACGUCGUGAAACGAGAUCAGAUACAACCAUUAAAGAAUCAGCGCAGGAAUUAGCAAAAAAAUUACCAUUAGAAAGACAAUCUAAACCAAAAUUCGAUGAAAAAUUAACAACAAUGUCCAAUACACACCAAAACAAUAUCCUUGAUGCGUCAUCAUUAGCAAUAAUUGAUGAUACCUCAACAACUCAAAAUAGUUUAUCACAAGUCUUUACAUCCAAUGGUGUUACAUUAACAAACAAUACAUCAGCGACUAAUAGGAUUCGUACAAUGGCAACUGAAGAUAAUAUACCAUCAGUCAAUGACACAUUAACAAUUGAGAACACACUAUCAAAUCAAGAUUUGUCAGCUGAUACAACAACAGCAUUAUCUGAUUUAAAUGACCAUUCUCAAGAUCAUCCACUGACCAACCUAGACUAUACACACUUCGCACAACAAGUACUGUCAUUACCACCAACUAUUACCAGGCAAUUGCCCUCGACUACAACACAACGACAUAUUCAAUUUACAACACCAUUAGUGCAGCAAUAUUCACAACCAUUCAUACACCAUGAAACAAUUAGAACAACACAACAAGAAAAUUUACCAACCAAUAAAACAAAUAUAAAUAAUUAUACAUAUAUAUCACCGAUCACAAUGACUAACGCGAUAUAUCCAAAAUUUGGUGGGUUUCCAGGUGAAGAUGCAAGCGAAUGGCUUUAUGAAAUUGAUCGACUACUUGAAUCGUUAAAUCCAGCUGAAAAACGGCAAAAAGUAGAUCAAAUACUAACUGGCAAAGCAAUGAUAUGGUACAUUCGCAACAGACAUGAAAUAAAAGAUUGGUCUACAUUCAUCGAAUUAUUCGUCGAAAAAUAUUCGCCAGCAGAAGUACAGGAUUUAUCAAUACCAAUUAAUGCACAUCACCAUUUACGUGAAAACCAACACAAACCCGUUCCAAAUAUUGUAGAAGCAACACAACCAACAUUAACACAACAAUUAACACAAUCAACGACACCAAUUCAACAUCUAAUAAUUCAACAAACAAAUCAUUUACAUGAGAUGAAAAAUUACGUUAAAGAUUUUCAAGGUAGCACGAAUGAAAACGUAACCGAAUGGUUAGAUAGUAUUGAAUUUUAUUUUGAUACGGUCCCAAUACAGGGUGAUAAACAACAACAAUGUAAACAAUUUGCACCAGCAUUUUUAAAAAACCAUGCUUAUAAAUGGUGGAACACACAAGAUAAAACUUCAGUUAAUUGGCAAACAUUUAAACAAAAAUUAACAGAACAGUUUCCUCCAAAAUUAGAACCUACAAAUAAAUGUCUAAUUAGAAAAUAA